AUUCAUUUAGAAGAAAAUUUCUUCCACAAUCAUUCCACAUCAGUCCGCAAAACUACAGACUUUGUGAUUGAGCGCAUUUCGUCCAAUGUUAUCAAGAAUAUUCGCACCAAACUUAUCCCAGAGCUGAGAGAAUCUGCACUAGAGAAGUUAAAGGAAGUUAUUGAUGCUGCAACACAAGGUUCUCCUCCCUGUUUGGAAUGGACUAAUGAUGUUUUACAAAAGCAAGUGAUGGAAUUGUGUCAGGAUAUGACACUACAGAUAAGGAAACAGUCUUCUCAACUGGCCCUCCAGCAGAGCAAUGAUGAGGUCCUUACAGCUCUCUCACUGCUCCUUCCACCAGGCAUCUCCCAACAGGGUGUAGAGGUAUGCAGAAAGAUAGUGUGCCGGUGUAGCCAGGAAAAAGUAGCCUCAUGGGUACACUCACAUCUGACACCUGCAGUCUUCUCCAAGGACCUCACAGCAGACAGUGACCGACUUCUCCGUCAGGCCCAAAAGGCUGCAGACCUCCAAGCAAUGGCACUGCAGACCUCAUACAAUGACACAACAAUCUCCAACUUAGAGUUAUCUGGAACAUUGGGAACAGAAACCAAUUUUAGUGCAAACCAGUCUGGCCCUUCACCUCUUGACUGUCUUUUGAAUUCUCCAACUAAUGAGCCACGUCAAGUGUAUAUAAAAGCAAAGAAAGUGAAAAGUACCCAGGAAAGUGUGCCAAUAACUGUGACCAAGCAUGAUAUGGAUAUACCCUCACCCUCCACAGUUCUCUCUGCCCUUAAGGAGUUGGUCCGGACAUUAAUGAAUAUUCCUAAGGGAGAAACGCCCAAUACAAUCAGUGAAAACCAAAUUAAAUUAAUGCUGGAGGAAGUUGGAAAGACUUUGACCAAGAGACAAGAUGUUACUUUAGGUGUUGUCCGGGCUCAGGAAACUCUCACUGUGGACCUGGCUGUAGCUGUUGCUGUUUGUGUUCCCAAAUUGAUGAAUUCAGAGAUGCAGAAGAAGUUUGUGUCUCUAUGGAAACCAGUGAAGGAUGGUGGAGUAUUACCAAACCCAGGAAGUCUCAACUCUAUUUUGUGCUCCCGCACAGUAAUGCUUGUUGCUCAGAAUCCUGUGGUGAGCUGCCAAACCACAGCCUGGCAAAAGAUAGAGGAACUUAUCUCACUGCUGAUAUCUGCUGAACUGCUGACUCCUGCAAGUCUAUUGGAACAGUGUGUUGCCUUACUGAGACACACAUGGCCACAGGAAAUUCUCUCAGGAAUAUCAUCAUGUAUUGAGGGAGUAUCAAGAAGAGCUCUGGAGCAAAAGGACUUCCAUGAUGAUCCAACACUCUUACACAUGCUUGACUGGGUUGGUUGGGUGUGUCAUCAAGUGGAUGACUUUGUAGAUGAUGUUUAACUGUAAACUACUUGGAAGUUAAUUUUUAUAAGUCUGUUUUAUUUUAAUUUCUUCUAGACUAGAAAGUGUUAUGUGUAUUUGCAUUUUAUUUGUACCAUUAAAUAUGGAAAUUUAUAUUCUAUCAAACAAAUGUAACUCAUUCAUUUGAAAUAAAUUAGUGAGAAUCUAUAAAUAAAUGAAUAUUUCUUA